AUGCAUCGUUACCAGCCCAAUAUUCACGUUGUAGUGCAUGCAGAUGGUAAUGGACGUCAGUGCCGGACGUUUUCAUUUCCAAACACUGCUUUCAUGGCCGUAACAGCCUAUCAAAACCAUCGAAUAACGGAACUCAAAAUCGAAAGUAAUCCAUUCGCCAAAGGCUUUCGCGAGUGCGAAAUAAAUGAUGUUUUCCCACUGACUGUUAAUCCUCUCUUUCCAUUUUACACAUCCCUCUUCACCUCUCACUUCCGUGCUGCUAAUUUUCCAAAUGAAUAA